AUGAAGGCAUGCUCGCCACGUCCGACCAUUUGUGUAUUCGUUGAAUUGCUACCACUUUCAGAUGAAACAGCCGAAGUUCACACAACUGACAAAUCCACUACCCUGAACGGACAACAAACCUCGCAAAAUUUGGAAACAAUCGAUGAUAAGCCAUUGGAAACUGAUAUUCAAACAGAGAGAAAUUCCGAACCGAUCGGAGAAAUUCAGGAUGACGGAAUCAGUCGGAAUUUGAAGACAUCGAGCGAAUCGAUUGAUCCCAAAGUGAAUAUCACGGUGGACGAAGAGGAUGAAACUAUUGAACUACUGAAGAAACGGACCACUAUGAACACGGACAUCGGCGUGAAGAUAAACGAAGAGGUGACUGAAACCAGUGCGGCAGGCCCUGAUUUGAAACAAGAGUUGCCAGAAUCUGCGACCAUCGGUGGGCACAAUCAAAAUACUGAUUCAGACUCUCAUACAGUUCAAGAUAAUACUCCAAGCGCUUUCGGUGAUAACGCUUUUAUCAGCGAAUCCAAUCCCAGUACAAUCACAAUUCAAUCUGAGAAUGUAAAAAAGAAAACUGAUGAUUCGUUCAACGGUGACACCAGCGGAAUCACCCAUACGUUGCCGGCUGCUGCAUUCCAUGUGGACGAGGGAGACAAGUCAGAGAAUGACGGGACCAUCGAAAUGGGAAAUGCAAAAGUGAGCCGUCCAAUCACUGCUGAUGAAAGUGAUGAGAACUCUGAAGCGCUUGAGGAUUCAAUCCGUAGCUCCACAAAAAUGAAUACCACGGUGGAGCAUGCGAGUAGAACUACUCAACUGAUGAAAAAUCACUCAAACACCGGUAUGAGCGUAACGCAAGUCGGAAUCCACGUUAUUGAUCAGACGGAUUCAACGGAAGAUAAAGUGGAGACACCAUCAAGAGAAAGCGCAAAGGACGAAGUACUGAAACGAGUUGACGAAUCAGAUCCGGUCGAAACUGGCGGGGGAGAAGAUGCAGAACCUGCUCCUCUGAGCGGUGCGAAUGAGCAGGUCAUAUCUUCCAUUUCGGCGGACGAUUCCAUCUCAGAUUCCAAUCGCAAUAUCAGUGCAGAAGAAAAACAGAAAAUCUUGGACGUAUUGAGGAGCCGUUUGAAUGACAGUGUGCAUACGAUGGAUACUGAUAAAGACAGGGAGAACAGUGUAACAGUAACAACUUUGAAAGCAGUCGGAGAAUUUUCGGAAUCAGAUGGGAUAGCCGAAGCUCACAGAACCGACAAACCUACCGCCAUGGCCGCACAACUCACCUUGCAAAAUUCGGAGACAGUGUUGCAUAAUGCACCGGAAACCAAUAGUCGAACAGAGGGAAACUCCGAAACGAUUGUGGAAAAUUCGGAUGAUGGAAUUGAUCAAGGUUUGAAGACAGUGAGCGAAUCAAUUGAUCCCAGUGUGAAUAUCACGUUUGACGAAGAGAACACAAUAAUUGAACUAGUGAAGAAUCGGGCACUUGUGAACACGGACAUCGCAGUGACGGCAAAUGAAGAGGCGCCUGAAACCAGUGCGGGAGCUUCUAAUUCGACAGAAGGGUUGCCAGAGAUUGAUGAAACACGGAACACCGAAGACAAAGAAGCACAAUCCGUGACGGUUCAUGUCACCCCAUCAAACUCUGUGGUCCAGGGGGCUGUUUCAACGGAAGCAAAUUCUUCUCCAACUGCGGCUCAAUGGGAACAGGAGAACAUCAAGACGGAUGAUCUAGUGCGUAGUGAUAAGACCGGGGCACCAAAUUCGCAGCUAAAAACAAUCUUGCCGGGGGACAUGGCAGAUAAUGCAACGGAUUUUGGAAAUAGUGUGCCCAAUGUUGCGAACACUGUUUUGGUGACUAAUGUUUUUGACGAGCACGAAACGAAUUCCGGGUUAUUGGAGGAGCCGAACCAAGAAACCAAGAGGACAAUUGUCACAUCAGAGGAGGACAGCGACAUUUCACCGCUACUCACAAAUUCCGCAGAUGUCAAUACGAGCCCGACUCUGAUUAAAAGUGACAUUGUGGAUCAUGCAGUCCUGGAUUCCACGAAGGAGAACGUGGACGUAUCUCUCGAAGAGCUCGGUGAUAAAUCCACGAAAGAGGUUAUGGAAAACGGAGGAGAGAAACAGACGUUCAUUGGGGAGGAGAAGGUGGACCAUUCUGAGGUGAACCAUACUAUCGGUGUGGAUAAAAGCGGUGAAAUUUCCACGGCAGACGAUCAGUUGACUCGAGAUUCUAGAACAAGUCUCAUGAAAGAAGAGGAACAAAAAAUCGUUGAAAUAUUGAAAAAUCAUUUGGCUACCGAGGAGAACAAUAUUGAGGCUGGCAACCAGAAAAUGACAGAAAAUGAAAGUGGAUACUUGCCAAUUUCAGUGGAUGAACCGCCGGUGACAACCCUCAGUACCUUCGCCUCUCCUGGGGUCAACAUUACUGGAACGGCGCCUGUGGAUAGUGUGAUAAAUACCACAAAUGAGAGAAAUUUGCCAACACACCAAAACAAUUUCAGUUUUGUUCCACCUUUCAAUGAGGAACUUCGAUCAGUAACAGAAAGAGUAGGUGUGGGACAAACGGAAGUGCAAUUGGAGCAAACGAUGAACGAAUCGAGCACAUUUAAAAAAGGUGAAAUGAGAACCGAGGAGUCGUUUGAUAUCAAAGUUCACCCGAAUGUUGCUGUGAACAAAAUCGAUGAGCAGCAAACGGAAGUCAUGCACGAUCCGAUUGGGAACCACAUUGUAGAUCUAGAGACUAAUCCUCCUCGGUUGGCUGAAAACAAUUUGGUGGGAGAAAGUUCGACCACAUCGAGAAGUGUGAUUGAUCCAUGGGUUGAAACUGGGACUGCUGCUGAGCAACUUGACAACUUCAACGUUUCCAAUGAAAUGCAUUGGACAGCCGCAAAUGAACAUUCCCAACAAAGUACGCACGAAAACGUAACGAUCGGCGAUGAGCCAACCAUGAUGACCGAACUCAAGGGGAGCAAUGCGGCGAAUGAAACGGACAAUCAGGCUGAAGGUAUGGAAUCCACAACAUCGCCGGAGGAAAAUCCGAAUAAACGUAAUGACCAAUUAGAAGUUGAUAAAGAUGAAACAGUCGAUGCCAACACACAAAGCACAAAAGCAAUCCCUCACUUGGUUCCCAAUAGGGAAAUGGAUACGAGCAUGGUGGAUGUAUCGGAACAACAUUCAUCGAUACGUGAAACGGCGUUAACGAUCCCGGAUUUUUCGCCCACAGUGGAACACACUGACUUGAGUUUAAUCAAACCUGAGGGUGAAAGUUCGAUCAUGAGCCAAGUCGGUGACAUCGAUAAUUUAGAAAUUGUGUCUGCACAAAUACAAUCACCUUUAUCAUUCGGUAUGCAAACAGAAAAACAUAAUGCUCCAUUGAUCAUGGGGACAGAUCAAACUGAAAUUAAACCAAUAUUAUCGGAGAUUAAUAGAAGUCAGUACACACAAGUGAGUAGCCCAACCGAUUACGUACCAAGUGUACACAUGGUUGGAAUCGAUUCGACCAAUUUGAGUCCAAUAGGACAAAUGAACUCGUCGUUGAAGUUGGAUGGAAAAUCGGCAAACAACGUCAUCCCAAAUGAGACCUCGAAAAUGCACAAUGUGGAUGAAAGUAUGGCGGAUGAUGAGAACUCCAUCGAGAUACCGAAGGAUCGUGAACAAAUAACUGAUUCAACAUUCACUCAUUUGUCUUUCGAUCCGGACAUGAACAAUACAGGUGGAGAGCCUGAUCCCAAUCAGCUCGCCAAUUUCGGGGAUGGCGAAUCAACCAGCGAAAACAACAACAACAGCAACAACAACAACAGCCACAACCGCGAUGACGUGACCACAACUGAGAAUGAGAUGGUCGACAAAUCAGUGGAUAUGCAACCCAUGUCCACUUCGACACACUCUGUCGAUCUCGGCACUGUGACAGAACAGAGAACAACAACAACAACAACGAACUUUGAUCAGUUUACCGGUCAGGUUACGUCUACGAACGCACCCCAGAUCUACGAUUCGGAGGGAGGAAACAAUCCUGUUGAGCCGGAUCCAAACGUUCAUGUGACUCCUCCAACUGUGGAUGCGAAUGGGGACGGAGAGACCGACUGGACUACACAUGCUAUCUCAAACGGAUUGUCGGAUACGGAUGCGGUCAAAUUCGGUACUCCCGAUUUGACACAAGUGACUGAAUCAGUGAAAUUACCGGAUGAAAUGGGAAAAACCACUUUACCAAUCACAUCUGGAUCUGACAUAACCCAAUUGGAAACAGUUCCUGCCCCCAAUAUGACCGAUACGAAUACCGAGGAAACCGCAACUCCAACUGAGCACUCCACGAUGAUUUACGGGAACGAAAAGACGGGCCAAUCCAUCGAAACACAGUUAACCUCAGAUCAUACACAAGCAGCCCAGGUUCUGGACCAUCAGCUAAUCGAAAAGCCCAAGACGGUGGAAAUUACGGUCACUCAUGAAAGAAAAAUGGACGGAACUACAGAACUGCAAACUGCGGUCACGGAACCCAUGGAAUUCACAACAGAUACACAAAGCAAUAAAAAUGUGGCAUUUGAAAUGGGAUCAACUUCCCUGGAGAAUGGCUCAGAUACAUUCGACGGUCUUCUGACACAAGAAGAUAUGAACGGAGCGAACAAGGCAACAAUAAAAGAAAGUGCGAACAAAGGAACAGGCCAAAUCUCAACGGAGGAAUCACAGACAGCAUCGACUUCCUUUGUCAACCAGGAACGUGAUAGCAGCCCGAUAAACGAGCAACCGAGGCAGUCAGCGAUCACAUAUAACAGUGAAGCAAUAAUCUCUGAUCACAAGGUGUUUGGAACUGUCCAAUCUCAAGAGCUCGGUACAGAUUCGCCAUCGAUUGAUUUUGAGCAGAACGGUACAGGGACUUUUGGACCACAUGAUCCAGAUUUGGGGAAUAACUUGGAAGGGGUGGAAACCAUUGGCGACAUCACAACGAAAGUACAAAAUCCAACGGAAGCGUGGAAUCUACUCCAACAGACUACUACUCCAUCAACCCCAUCACAGGAUAUUGUUCCAACAAAACCAUCUGUCAUCGAAACUGAACCUCCCGAGAAGAAAACUACGGGGUCGGAAACACCUUGGUGGUAUACAGCUCCUGGUGAGAAAUCGGACAAUCAAUUCGUUGACGCAUCACCAGGUUUUCAGUCAAACGGAGUACAGAAAGAUACACAGUUCACUGAUAGCGGACCACAUUUUGUGAAGUCAUACGAUCAGUUUGGGAAUUCGAACCGGUUUUCUCCCUCAACGAGCAGCACAGAUGAGCGUGAGCCAAAUGCGGACUUGGAAUCGCAUCCCGAACCGGAUGCGCAGGAGGUAACCCCGAUCAAGCCGGACGUAGAUUCGAGUGAUCACGUGAUCGAGGGGGAACCGUUGUCGAGCUUAAUCAAGGGGACAGAUGAUUCGGUUGGAUCAGUGGAGAACAGUCAGCAAGACGUUGUGUCCGAAAAGUCGAAGGUGAAUAUCUUCAAGAACGAUCAUUCAGCUGAUCCCUCCGUUCUUAUCCAAUCAAAUCGUGAGGAAACUGAACCUCCAUCGAGACAUACACUGAUUGCGGAUGAAGAGAACACCAAUCCCGAGAGGAAGAGCCCUUCUGUUGGUGAAUUCAUUUCGAACCGGACUGUCAACGAAGUCUCAUUAGAAAAACCCGAUUUGAACUCCGAGGCCCACGUGACUUUGAACAUCAAUCAGCCAAUCACCGAAAACUCCAAACUGGAGAAAGAUGCUGUAGAGUCUUAUCAGGAACAAAGCCCAUUCACCACACCUGACAACUUACCAAUCCACCGGAUGCAGAUGAAUGGUUACCAAAAUACAGACGAGCAAUGGAGCUCAACGGACGAGGUACAGUCCAAUGGGAUAGAGGAUUCUCUGGGCGACAAGAAUGGCAAUAUAGAUCAACAUCUAUCGCAGGACAAUAGAUGGACUACUCCAUACAGCGGUGAAAAUGAAAUAAGAACUGCACAGAAAAUCGUUUCCAAACAGAUCUCCGAAGAUCCGGAUCUCUCGGACAGUGUGCGUGUGGAAAACCCAGCUGUUCCUAUAAAUCCACCUAUGGAUCAUCAAAUGGAUGUGGAAUCCAGGGGUUUUGCGGUUGAUUUAUCUCAGAAAGUGGACAAUUCAUCCGCAUCUAAGCCCAACAACGAAGCAGAAAAUGUACCCACGCUGGAUCCCGGAUCAAACUCAAUCAAUUUUGAACAGAAUCCUGGUCCCCCAAAGUGGAUAAUUGAGAACAGCGACGUUGACACAGAAGGUCGUCAAACGGUCACGGAUGGUGAGACACCCUCGGUCAAUGGAACGCAAUUAAGUCAGUUGGAUUCCGGUCAGUUUGGAACAUUUCCACAUCUUAUGGCAUUACCGUUUCAUCUUGCUCUAGAGUUUUCAACUGUAUUUAUUGUUCUUCCCGUGAAGUGGCAUUGCUGA